AUGGAAGAAAAGGGAGCAGAGAAUGGAGUGGCGGCCAUGGCGGCCUGCUACCAAGGAUUUGAUCCUGCAGCGUAUCUGCAGACUAACUACACUUCACCACAGGCUUCAGCUGAUUGUCAAAAGACUGUGACGAUAUGCCACGCAUCAAGAUCAAGCGAUGUGAGUGGUGAGCUGCUGGUGGACAUAGGUUCUGGUCCCACCUUGUACCAGGUGAUGAGUGGCUGUGAGGUUUUCAACAAGGUGCUCCUUACAGAUUUCCUGGAGGUCAACAGGCAGGAGCUGAGGAGCUGGCUCCAGGACGAGGGAGGCUGCAGCCUGGACUGGACACCAUACCUGCAGCACGUCCCCAUUGAAGUGCACCGCCCUCAGCCUCUGGCCCUUGACGUCCUUCCUGCAGCAGGGGCCGACUGUCUCGUGUCCUGCUACUGUCUGGAGAGUGUCAGCCCUGACCUGGCUGCCUUCACCAGGGCCCUGGGCCACAUUGGGAGGCUCCUGCGGCCCCGUGGCCACCUCCUGCUCAUCGGAGCUCUGGGAAUGAGUUACUAUUUUGGGGGGCCUGGGGUAAAGAUCCCUACGGUCCCAGUGAAUGAGGCCCAGGUCUGUGCUAGUUUGAAGGAGAGCGGCUACACCCUGAUCAGGCUGGAGGUUUACACAGUGCCUCAGGACAUUAAGUUGUUUGAUGACGCGUCUGCUGUGUUUUUUGUAAAGGCAAUGAAGGAGUAA